AUGUCGACAUCAACGGCUUCCGAGAUAUUUGAGGCCAAUCCUUAUGAGAAUCACCCCAACCUGACCCAGCUGGAAGCUGACGUCUUAUGGGAAUACGCCAAACUGAAUCAGAAUAUCAAAGAUCUCGUCAUACGUACGCGACAACUGAGCGAGGGACCCGACCAAGACGUCCUGGAACGCCUGAGAGUGUUAGAGAGGAAGAUGGGCCUCGUGAUGACGCUUUUCAAAGUGUCCGCAUGGGGCGUCAUCAACGAAAUGACAACAGCGGAAGAAGCGUCGGAAUCAUUCGCCUCUGCCGGAGACAUUACGGCACAACCAUAA